UUUUAUGGGCUUCUGCGGAAAUACAGUAUUGUCGCUCGGGUCGAAGUUAAAUUCCCGAUUGAACCACGUUUUCGUGAUAGACAACAUUUCGUUUUGUCUGACAUCAAUGGAGCCAAGAUCGAGGCCAUAACAUAUAUGUAUGAGACAGUCAAACAUUUCGACAAUUUGCUCCAUGAAAAGCAUGUUUACAAGAUGCAUAAUGUGAAGUUCAGUCUUCAUCCGGGUGAAUUUAAUUUUCGUCAUCUAAAUGGUCCCAUGGAAUUGUGUCUUGACCAACAAUCUAUCGUGGAGCCAUACACUGUUCCAAUUCAGAUGGCACCAUUCCCAAAACAAAUACUAUUGAACCUUGCUGAUAUUGCCGAGUUGCCAAACAGGACUUUAGUCGACAUUAUGGCUGUUGUAGUCCACUUGGAUACAAUACAUCGCACAAUGUGGGGCCCUUUCAGAAAGAUUGUUAUAAUGGAUGCUAGGGGAUAUUUACAUAUCAUUAAAGUUUGGGGUGACCUACUAAACAAAAAUGCACUCCGCUGGGCGUUGGCUAAGGAGGAUUAUGGCAUAAUAAUUGGGACUAUGUUUAGACGGUUCAGAAGACAAGAGUGCCUCGAGUCUUCGGAUCAUACCGCAAUACACUUCAAUCCGUUCCAUCACAACACCCAUCAUUUUCGACCAAUCCAAAAAGCUUUGGUGGCGCUGAACAACCGUCAGUUUGCUGUUACAUUUCUUGAAGAAGAAAGGCGUAGAUAGAUUCUACAAAUUCGCAAAGAGCAAUAAUUGGGACUAUGUUUAGGCGUAGAGAGAUUUGAUAGAA